UGUUUACUUCCGGUAUAAACCCAGUGUGUAAAUGGCAUGUAAACAAGACAUGUAUGUGUACAUACGGUACUACAAACGAUAUAGCCCGUGAAUGAAAAUUACAUUCCUACAUUAUGCCUCAAUUUCUGUGUAAAAAGCAUCAUAAAGAAAGCAUUUACAAAAACAUCUCUUGCUUUCAUUUACUUAGCAUGUUAAGUUGAAGACAUACACGUGACACUCGGGCCCACAAUAUCAGCAAAUUGAAUACAUCCUUGUUUCCUGGCUUUUGAUAACAAACAAAAUCAAAACUCACAAGACUCUCACGUGAUACCCCCUGAGUCAUCAACGAUUACAGCAUAAAUAUGGACGCAUUUCUUAUCAGGGUUUUGCACAUCGUAUUAACUUACGUGAUGAACGGAUUUCAAGCUAGUUUUGCAACUGAGGUAAACGUUGAGUUCAACAGUGUUCUGCAGGUGAUCGAUGAAAAAUUUGUUGCUGUGACCCUAGAUUCACACCUCAUUCAGGAAGGAUGGCUGAAAUUUGAUUUUGGGUAUUUUCUCAAUAAUGUUCUGGAAAAAACUGCAAACCUAGCUCAUGGUUUGGCACCAUGCUAUCUGCGUCUUGGAGGAACUGCUGCUGACUUACUGACCUUUGAUCCUCAAAAGACAGUUCCAAACAAACCAUGGUCUGCUAAAAAAUAUCAAGAAUUCCUGCUGAAGAAACACUACAAGAACUUCACAAUGUCAGCGGCUGACUGGGAUUUGAUCAACAAGUUUUCAGCAGCAGUUGGCUGGGAGAUGAUCUUUGACCUUAAUGUGUUGAUCCGAGAACAUGGAUCCUGGGAUCCAGCAAAUGCCAUGUUGUUAAUGAAUUACACCAAGUCGAGAGGAUACAAGCUUGCAGGAUUUGAACUCGGCAAUGAGCCAAAUGCCUUCCAUCAUGUGUUUGAUCGGACAGUGACAGCUGCUGAUUUGGCAAGAGACUUUGUACAAUUGAGACAGAUCAUGGGAAGGUAUUCCCAGUCAACUCUCCUGGUGGGGCCAGAUGUCACAAAGGUCGAAAAGAAGAAUGUUCUGCAUUAUUUUGAAGAAUUCCUGGCCUCUGGUGGUGGUGGAGUGGUGGACAGGGCAACAUUUCAUCAUUACUACAUAGACGGCCGCACAGCUGCGGUUGGGGACUUCAUCAAUGCCUCCAUCCUGGACAGUCUGAAGACAGAUCUGACCGAUGCUGUCACAACUGCCCGUGCCCACGCCCAAGGGGUUCCCGUCUGGAUUGGAGAGACAGCCUCCGCAUUUGGUGGAGGGGCUGAAGGUCUCUCAGAUGCAUAUGUGGCGGGAUUCAUGUGGCUGGACAAGCUGGGCCUGAGUGCCCUUUAUGGAGUAAAGGGAGUCUUCAGACAGAGCUUCUACAAGGGCAGCUACGCUCUGCUGGACCUAGACACUCUCGGACCCAAACCCUGUGAGUCUAUUUUUCUGACUAUUGGUGGACACUGCACUAUGCUUCAUUUGACUGUUGUGUUGUUUUCUUGUGUGCUGGUCACACUGGACUACUGGUUGACGCUGCUGUACAAGAGGCUGGUGGGGAAGCAGGUGUUCCAUGUGACAUCAACCUCGUCAACUGACCGCCUUAGGGUGUACGCCCACUGCACCAACACCAACAGCAUCUACAACUACAAGCCUGGCAGCCUCACUGUGUACGCCAUGAACAUUGACAACGCCGACACAACCCUGUCUCUACCCCAGUUUGGAAACAUGACGCUGCAUGUGUACUGGUUGACCCCUGGUGGAGGUGGACUCAAAUCAAAAUUUGUCCAACUGAACAACAAGACUCUUCAGCUGGUGGACAAGCACCUGCCGUCACUGACCCCCAGUCUUGGGUCAACCAGCUCCAUCAGUAUCCCAGCUCAUAGUUUCGGCUUCCUCGUGAUUCCUGAUGCAAACGUUUUACUUUGUCACAAAUGAUACUGAAGACUUUGGGAAAGAUGUUAUAUUUAUGUAUAUGGAGCCAUAAUAACAUGGUCAUGACUUGUGAUACCAGCAAGCUCUGCACGAUCUGAGAUGAGCUGGUGGACCUGUAUCUGGUGCUGUCAGGUCUUCACAUGUACAGCUGGUGAAUCUCUCUCUGGUGUUGUCAGGUCUUCACGUGUACAGCUGGUGAAUCUCUUCCUAGUGCUGUCAGGUCUUCACAUGUACAGCUGGUAAAUCUCUCCCUGGUGUUGUCAGGUCUUCACAUGUACAGCUGGUGAAUCUGUCCCUGGUGUUGUCAGGUCUUCAUAUGUACAGCUGGUGAAUCUCUCUCUGGUGCUGUCAGGUCUUCACAUGUACAGCUGGUGAAUCUCUUCCUAGUGCUGUCAGGUCUUCACAUGUACAGCUGGUGAAUCUGUCCCUGGUGUUGUCAGGUCUUCACAUGUACAGCUGGUGAAUCUCUCCCUGGUGUUGUCAGGUCUUCACAUGUACAGCUGGUGAAUCUCUCCCUGGUGUUGUCAUUUCUUCACAUGUACAGCUGGUGAAUCUGUUACUGGAGCUAUCAUUUCUUCACAUGUACAGGGGGACGGUGGGGUAGCAUAGUGGUUAAAGCGUUGGCUCGUCACGCCGAAGACCCGGGUUCGAAUCCCCACAUGGGUACAACGUGUGAAGCCCAUUUCUGGUAUCCCUCGCCGUGAUGUUGCUGUAGUAUUGCUAAAAGCGUCGUAAAACCAAACUCAGUCAGUCAGUCAGUCACAUGUACAGCUGGUGAAUCUCUCCCUGGUGUUGUCAGUUCUUCACAUGUACAGCUGAUGGAUCUGUCCCUGGUGCUGUCAGGUCUUCACAUGUACAGCUGGUGAACAGU